CCAUCUUCAGGCUGAUUUACAUAUACCCGCGGAAAUGAAGGUCACGUUCAAAGAGUGGAACGCCGUCGCAACUUGGCGCUGGGAUAUGCCCGACGACGACGUGUGUGGUAUCUGUCGCGUUCAGUUCGACGGUACCUGUCCAACCUGCAAGUUUCCCGGUGACGAUUGCGCGCUGUUACUCGGAAAAUGUGGUCAUUCCUUCCACAUGCAUUGUCUGAUGACCUGGAUCCAACAAGAGGCUUCCAAGGGUCUUUGUCCAAUGUGCAGACAGAAAUUCGAAUGGAAAGGAAACGAGGAAGACGGAAACGCUACUCAAAACACUCAAGACACUGCUCAAGACACUACUCAGGACAUACAAGUAUGAUGCAUAUGCUUUACCAGGGAUGAAGGCGUUUGGAGGUUUAUAGACAUGAUACCCUACAGUAUUUUUUUUUUUUUUUUUUUG